CAUCCAACCCCUACAUCGUGCUGCACCGCGUUAAAUGUCGAUAACAGAUUUUUCAAUAUUUUCUACGCAACUUUUUUAACAGAAAUAUAUCAAGAAAAGUACAACAAAUUUCGUAUUAGCUUAGAGUAGAUCGUGUAGUUCAUACAGUUCGACCAAAUAGUGACGUGCUCCGGCGAAAACCGGAUAUCAGAUCGCCAGAAUAAGUAAACACCGACGAGCCGAUAAAUCCAGCUAUCCCACAGAAGAACACAUCGAAGGGGGAUUUAACGAGGGGUGAUGACUGAACAGGAUGUCGACGACGUCGCGUUUCUCACAGGUACAAACCACAGGGUCACAGCUCCUAUUAGUCACUCCAUAUGCCAGUCUUCGCCGCUCAUUCAUAACCGUGACUCGGGUGGUGUUGUAGGCAAUGAGAGCAACUCCAACCAAGCGAAGAAGAGCCUCUACGAGAACCACGGCGUGGCCACUUGCUCGCACAACCGGGCCCUCUGCAUCGCCACCAUCGUGUUCGCCGUUUUGUUCACGCUCGCCGUCAUCAUCGCUUUCACCGGACCCCAAACCGAUUGUCCGUGCGCCGGCGAUCUCAAAUCGAACUACGUCGAUGACAAGGCCAACGCUACGAAGGUGUUCGAGCCGAGAGCCACCAACGGGCAAAUCUUCCCUUGGAACAACGUUCGUCUUCCUACCACCUUGAGACCUCACCGGUACAACAUAACCAUCCACCCGAAUCUAACCACGCUCGAAGUGAGGAGCCAGGUAUCGAUCGAAUUCCAAGCGGAGAAGGAGACGAACUUCAUCGUGCUCCAUUGCAAGAACCUCACCAUACUGGACAAGAUCGUGCAGGACAAACACGGCAAUAAUUUGACUAUCAUCAAGAUGCUGGAGUACUUGGGCGGCGAGCAAUUGUACAUAGAAAUACGGGAGAAGUUCAGGAAGAGGCACAACUACGUGUUGAGGAUCAGGUACAACUCGAGGCUGAACACGGAACCCGAAGGUUUCUACAUUUCGAGUUACGUUACCAAGCACGAGGAAAUUAGGUACUUCGCGUCGACUCACUUCAAGCCCAAUUUGGCCAGGACCGCCUUUCCGUGCUUCGAUGAGCCUCAAUUCAAGGCGAAAUUCCGAUUGACGGUGUUUAGAGACAGAUUCCACAUCAGUCUUUUCAACACGCCUGUAGUCAAAACCGACGGGUUGGGUUUCUACAUGGGAACAGGUUUGCUUUACGACGAAUUUUUGGAAACUAACGAAAUUAGCACGUAUUUAGUAGCGCUAGUUAUUUGCGAUUUCAGUCAACGAAACAAGCAAACUGAAAGCGGCGUCUCGGUGUCCGUCUACACGCCGGAGCCGUAUUUAUCCAGAGCUCCGUUCACUUUAGAACUGUCCAGUUUCUUCCUCGAUUACUACGAAAACUUCUUCGGACUGGCCUUCCCUCUUCCAAAACUUGAUAUUGUAGCUCUUCCGGAAUUCCAGUACGGCGCCAUGGAAAACUGGGGUCUGAUAACUUACAGAGAGACUGAAAUCUUUUCGAAUGUCGGCGAUAACGACACGUUCAUCUACGCUCACCAGUGGUUCGUGACGAGCCUGGCGCACCAAUUGGCCCACCAGUGGUUCGGAAACCUGGUCACGAUGAAAUGGUGGAACGAUUAUUGGCUGAACGAAUGCUUCACGAAGCUGUUCGAGUACAUGGGCGCUAACGACUACGUCCCGAAUUGGAAAAUGAUGGAUCAAUUUAUUAUAGACAAAACCCAACCUGCCCUAGCUUUAGACGCCUUGGCGUGCAGCCACCCGAUAGCAGCGAACGUAACGGAUCCGUCUGAAAUCGACGCUAUUUUUGAUACUAUUUCUCUAAACAAGGGUACCGCUGUGUUGAACAUGCUGGCGAAUUUCCUGCAGAAGGAAAACCUGGAGAACGGUCUGAACGAUUACUUGACAACGUACAAAUACCAGAACACCGAAACCAAGGACCUCUGGAACAUUCUAUCGAAGAACACCAACCAAACUCUGGACGUAAAAGCCAUCAUGGACACCUGGACGAAUCAGAUGGGCUUCCCGUUGGUCGUCCUGAAGCGCGAAGAACACCAGAUCGUCGCGUCGCAAAAAAGAUUCCUCGUCACCGUGGAAAAAGGGAACACCACUCAACAUACACUGCCUCUAUCGAAAUACGACUACAAAUGGCAUAUCCCUCUCAGUUAUUUCACGAACAAUGACAGCGAAGUAAAAUACGUCUGGAUGAACAGAACUGAUGUGAAAUUCGAUGUUGGAGCGGACAUAAAAUGGAUCAAAGCGAACGUCAAUCAAACGGGUUUCUACAGGGUGAUGUACGACGACGAUAUAUGGCAAGCUUUAAUCAACGUGUUGAAAACGAAUCACAAGUUAUUCACAGCUGCCGAUAGGGCCAGCUUAAUCGACGAUGCGUUUUCUCUAUCAAAGGCCGGCGUGUUGAACGUGAGCGUCGCCCUGGAGUUGUCUUUGUACCUCAAAAACGAACGGGACUACGCUCCGUGGGCCACCGCCAUCGAGCAUUUGAAAGCCUGGGCCCGCAGACUAUCGGAAUCGCUGGCCUACAAGUCGUUCUUGAAGUACAUGAGAUACUUGCUGGAACCCGCCACGAAGUACCUCGGAUGGAACAAGAAGAAAACCCACAUGGAGAAGUUGCUGCGAGAUCGCGUCCUGCCGGCGGCCAUUUUGUGCGAACUGAACGAGACUAUAUCGGUAGCCAAGACGCAUUUCCAGAACUGGAUGGUGCACAACAAAUCCAUCGAUCCGAACUUGAAGGAAAUCAUCUAUUCGGCCGGAAUUAAAUAUGGAGGAAUGAACGAGUGGCAGUUCUGCUGGAAUUAUUACAAGAACGCGACGUCGGAAAGCGAGAAGCAGAUCCUGCUGAAGGCUUUAGGGGUCGCUUCCGAUCCUUGGCUAUUGCAGAGGUACUUAAUAGAAACAUUGGACACGAAUUUAGUAAAGCCGGAAGACGUGAAGUUGGUCUUGGAAGUUGUGGCAGCAAAUCCUGAAGGGAGGUUGUUGGCUUGGAGACACUUGAAAGCGUAUUGGCCCACUAUGCAUUCUUUAUACGGAAACAGUACAAUAUUGAUGGGAAAUCUCAUAUCAGCUGUUACAGCACAUUUAUCCACACCUUACGAUUUUUAUGAAGUAUCUACUUAUUUCAAUGGCAUGGAUGUUGGGUCGGCUUCGAGAGCUUUGGAGCAAAGCUUGGAGAUAAUACAACUGAAUAUCAACUGGGUGUCGCAAAAUGAACAGGAAAUCAACAACUGGUUACGUAAAAUGAAAUAGAUUAGUAACCGUGCAUGCUAAUAAAUUUCGUAAUGAUGCGCACCAAAAUAUUUCUGUCGUCUGUUUCUAUCUCCGAUCUAUGUAUUAGGGUUUUUUCAAUGUUUCUAUGGAUUUAAAUUAUUAUUUUCUAGGAGUAAAUAAUAUCGUCCUAUUUUUAUACAAUUACUUGGGAAAUUUGUGUGGAAACUAAAGUAUUUUACGUAAAAUACAUAAUUAUAAACUGUA